UGAAGGAGGAAGAAGGGUUGGGGGUGGUUGGCUAAGGUGGACGGGUGUGGGUGACGCACGAAGAAGAAGGGUUGGAGGUGGUCGGCUAUGGUGGAUGGGUGAAGAAGGGUUGGAGGUGGUCGGCUAUGGUGGACGGGCGUGGGUGAACGAGGCGGAAGAAGGUUUGAGGGUGGCCGGCUAUGGUGGACGGGUGCGGGUGAUGGAGGAAGAAGAAGGGUUGGAGGUGGUCGGCUGUGGUGGACGGGCGUGGGUGAAGGAGGAGGAAGAAGGGUUGAGAGUGGUUGGCUAUGGCGGACGGGCAAGGGUGAUGGAGGAGGAAGAAGGGUUGAGGGUGGCCGGCUAUGGUGGACGGGCGUGGGUGAUGGAGGAAGAAGAAGAGUCGGAGGUGGUCGGCUAUGGCGGAUGGGUGCGAGUGAUGGAGGAAGAAGAAGGGUUGGAGGUGGUCGGCUAUGGUGGACGGGUGUGGGUGAUGGAGGAAGAAGAAGGGUUGAGGGUGGCCGGCUAUGAUGGACGCGUGCAGGUGAUGGAGGAAGAAGAAGAGUUGGAGGUGGUCGGCUAUGGUGGACGGGCGUGGGUGAUGGAGGAGGAAGAAGGGUUGUGGGUGGUUGGCUAUGGUGGACGGGUGAGGGCGAUGGAGAAAGAAGAGGGCUUGGAGGUGGUUGGCUAUGGCGGACGAGUGUGGGUGAUGGAGGAAGAAGAAGGGUUGGAGGUGGUCGGCUAUGGUGGAAGGGUGUGGGUGAUGGAGGAAGAAGAGGGGUUGGAGGGGGUCAGCUAUGGUGGACGGGUGUGGGUGAUGGAGGAGGAAGAGGGGUUGGAGGUGUUCAAGCUUGGAGGAGCGGUGGCGGCAGUGAAAGCUUAUCGGACAAAGCCUAACUCUUAACCCCAUGCCCCCUUUUCUACCCGGGCGCCCGACCACCUCAUACUAUUCUCGGAAGGCACCGGUCA